AGCUGUCUUUCCAUGGAACAACACUCUUGCAGUUAAGUCUGGUAGAUACUGUGCACGCCCACACCAAUUCCCCAUGGAAACCAACGGCGCUCUCACCGUCGUCUCCGAAAUCGACGGCGGCGGAGACGCCGAGGACCUCUCCUUCGGCGGCGGCAGCGGCGACGAGGCCGCUUUCGCCGGUGGCGGAGGUAAAGCGAGUAGAGACAGAGUGAAAGGGCCUUGGUCGCCGGAGGAAGACGCCAUUCUUAGCCGGCUGGUGGGCAAGUUCGGAGCGAGGAAUUGGAGCUUGAUCGCCCGCGGAAUCGCCGGCCGAUCCGGGAAGUCUUGCCGUCUUCGAUGGUGUAAUCAGCUUGAUCCCGCCGUGAAACGCAAGCCAUUUUCUGAUGAGGAGGACCAGAUCAUAGUUGCAGCCCAUGCAAUUCAUGGAAACAAGUGGGCAGCAAUUGCUAGGCUUCUUACUGGGAGAACAGAUAAUGCUAUUAAGAACCACUGGAAUUCCACUUUGAGGCGUCGGUGUAUAGAACUUGGAAAAGUUAAGUUCGAACCUGUCAAUGUUAUGGAAGAUGUAAGUUUGGACAAAACCAAAGCAUCAUCUGAAGAAACCAUGUCAUGUGGUGAUGUCAAUUCAUUCAAGUCCAUGGAAGGAAGAGAUCUUUGUACCAUGGAGCAUAUGGUUGAUCAGAAUGAAUUCAGGCUGCCAACAGAAGGUCAGUUUAUUCAUGAAGUACAAGAGCCACCUACGCUGUUUCGACCAGUGGCACGUGUUAGUGCUUUCAGUGUAUAUAACCCCUUAGAUGGCCAAGAACCAUUGUCAUCAUUUCGAAGGACAGCCCUGAUGCAAGGACCUUUGGUUCAAGCAUCAAAACUUGAUACUGAAAUUUUCAAAUUGCUUGAAGCGGAAUGCGUUGCGAGGUCAGUGCCUCAUCAAUGUGGCCAUGGUUGCUGUGGGAUAAAAAAUGGUAAGAAUGCUCGAACCUCUUUGUUAGGGCCAGAAUUUGUUGAUUUUUCAGAGCCUCUAGCAUUUUCAAGUUUUGAACUGGCUGCAAUUGGCACUGACAUAAGCAACCUUGCCUGGCUUAAAAGUGGGUUGGAGAAUAGCACUGUUAGAGCAAUGGGUGAUGCAGCUGGUAGAAUUAUAUCUCAUGGAUCUCAAGUGCAAAUGGGGCAUUUUGAGGACAGUAGAAUGGGUAAUCGUAUGCUUUUUGAAGAGAGAAGGGAGAACUUGAGGGGGAUUAAAACCAAUGUCCUAUCUACCUAGGACUGCUACAUGAUGCUUUACUGCAUGCUAAAACUGGGGACUCGGGAAUUUGUGAAUAAUUAUAUCCCAGUAUUGGCGGGAAGUACAAAAUUUGCAAGAUGCAGAAGGUUUCGGAAGGUUUUAAGGUCUAGAGACAUUGUAUUUGGGGCCAGUGUUUUCAUGGAUAUUUUUUUUCCCAGGGUCGGAAUUUUCAUUGUGGCUAAUAGUCAAUAGAAGAGGAAAACACACAAGGUUUGACCAGCCUUUGUUUUUAAUUCUUGCCGUCUAAAUACCUAAUUCAUAAAUGGUUUACCUACUGGAAGGUUAUGUGGCUUAGUUGUGAUGUGUUAGUCGGAACUGGCGGUUUAGUGAAAAUUUGUACUUUGAGUUAUUUUCCAUGGGAAGUGGGAAUAGUAGUAUUUCUUAUUUUCCAUGUAGGCUUGUAUUUAGGUAGCUCAGGAGAAAUCGAAGCGACGCUAUUGACCCGAAUAAAGUUUUUUUUUUUUUUUUUUCCUUCCAGCUGCAAUUAGCUGUAGAAACCUUGGUUCCUUAU